UUUGUGUGUGUUGUGAUAUUGCGGUUGAUCUUCAGCCAGGGGAUUCUGUUCUUUGCGAAGUAUCGGUGUGCGGCUGCCAGGUUUUCUCGUGCAAGGUGUUACAAAUCAAAGCGGUAAGUAGAACAUCACGACCGUCGCACAGUUUCAGUAAUGGAUAGGCCGGCACAUCCCGGAGGCUCGUAUCCUGUCCUACUCCUACGUGGCAGUUGAUAAUGUUCUCUUCUUUCUUCGGUCCGACUAACAUUCGAUUUCCCUAUACUACAAGCUUGAUAUAUGUCUCAUUUUAGGGGGCCCUCACACUCGGCCGAGACACCUAGAGAAAGUCAGUCAUGUAAUGUACAGGUUAUAUGGACAUUCGAUGUCAUGCUCAUGCUACUAACUCCGUCACCGAAUAAGCUUGCUGUCACUUUUGUAUCAGACCAUAGCUCUCUCGACCAAUUAGUUACUAUCGCAGCUUGGACGCUGGGUAUACAUAGUCUUUCUGCGACGAAAAUGGCUAGGAGGGUCCAAUGAUGCAUGUAAGCACAAAGCGAGAAAGUUACUGGCCAAAAAGGGGUUAAAUUGCUAUGAAUAGGAGCCAGAGGUGGCUUGUAUCUAAGCGAAAGUAUGGAAGCC